UGGCUAAUAUGAGGAAAUACGACAACCAAUUAUCUCAACAUGGUGAAUUACAAGCUCAUUGCGGAACUGGAAGUAGCAGCCUCCGCAGACGAUGUAUGGGAAGUAAUUGGCGCUAAAAACGCCCCAGAAUUCUUUAAGAAUUCUCUUCCAGGCGUGUUUGAAAAGCUAGAGGUUCUUGAAGGUGAUGGCGGUGUUGGUACCGUUCUUCUGAUUGAAUAUCCUGACGGAUUAUCAAACAAGGAAAGAUUUGUUACAGUCGAUCAUCACAGGCGCCUGAAAGAGAUAUUACAGACCGAAGGAGGAUAUCUAGGAAUGGGUGUUACAUAUUACAUGGAAACUUUCAAAGUCAUAGAAUGUGCCAACUCAUGUAUCAUACAAUCCAUAGUCGAGUAUAAAGCCUCUGAAGAAGUUGCCGCUGAAGUUUCCAAUCUCAUUAGUGUUGAGGGUCUUCUUAAUAUGGCCAAAAUUGUGGCAAAACAUGUUCUUAAUAAGGAGAAAGCUCCGUCUACAGGUGCUGCCUAAAAUAACUUUGCACUCUAUUCAGGGCGCAUGCAUAUGCAUGUAUGCUUUUACUUUCUAGUAAGAUUGAAGUAUAUCUUCAAAUUUCCCUUGUUGUUAUUUAAAUUUAAAUUUAAAUUUCAGUUGGUAUGCAUGUAUUUGAUUUUUUUAACUAGAAAAGUAAAAUUCCGUCAGUUUCUAAAGUGACGGUCUGGUUGAAAUUUA